GGUUUGCAGAGUGAAGGGCCACCCUGGAGCAAGAGAGCUGUUUGUGUGGCUGAACUUUGGGGUGGUCCCUGCUUGUCACGAGAGCAGAUUAACCCUGACAAGUAACUGGUGAGGGAGUAGGCCUGGCCUAGGUCGGGGAAGGACCCGGUCUUGCCUCAGAAGCAGCUCCGACACCCCUAGCUCCUAGGGAGCCCUCAACCGUAAGUGGGUUGAGCCCCACGCCCGUGCCCAGCUCCAGCGUAGGUGUUCCCUGAGAAAGCUUGGCGCACAGACUCCAAGGAACUGGUGCUCUGUGCCACCUCUGCGGGGCGGUCAGGCCUGGGCCCCGUGCCAGUGCCGGGGUGCCCUGCAGCUCUCCAUCUCCUCACCUUGGAGCGCGGCUGCUGUGCCUUCCCUUAGAGGAGCCUGGGGGGCAAACAUGCCUGACCAGUGUUUUUGUGAAUGAAGGUUUCUUGAAGGUGAUCCUAAAUAGGCGGACACAAAGAAUGUCUCCAAUGCGUCGUGCUCUGGUAUCAGCUUUUCCAGGGCAGGCAGGAAAUGCUGGCAUGAGCCCUGGCCCUGUGUCCCCUUUUUUUUUUUUUUUUUUUUUAAAGCUCAAACCUUGAGUGGUACAUCUAUUUUUUUAUUUUUUUAAACUUUGGGUUUAUUUAUUUAUAUAUAUAUAUUUACUUAUUUAUUUAUGGCUGUGUUGGGUCUUUGUUUCUGUGCGAGGGCUUUCUCUAGUUGUGGCAAGCGGGGGCCACCCUUCAUCGCGGUGCGCGGGCCUCUCACUAUCGCGGCCUCUCUUGUUGCGGAGAACAGGCUCCAGACGCGCGGGCUCGGUAAUUGUGGCUCACGAGCCUAGUUGCUCCGCGGCAUGUGGGAUCUUCCCAGACCAGGGCUCGAACCCGUGUCCCCUGCAUUGGCAGGCAGAUUCUCAACCACUGCGCCACCAGGGAAUCCCUAUGUCCCUGUUAUAAGAUGGCACGUGUGAAUUCGAAGUGGGGGCAGUGUGACAUUUGUGUGAAGUACAGGCAUCAGAAUGAGACACGGAGUCCCAGAUUCUCACCUCACCGACCCGGAGCCUCAGUUUACCCCACUCCCGUCUCCCAGCUGUGUGAGGUGUCAAGUGUACUCAGAAUGGUUGAGGAGGCGCGUGCAGUGCUGGAGCCGCCCUAGGGAAGGGGGCACAGGCACCUGGCGGUCAGGGUAGAUAGACCAGGGCACCACAAACUGGGAUAGAAAUAGAACCAACGGCCGUGAUAUUGUAGCACAGAUGUCAUGCCGCUGGCUGGGCCUCAGGUGGGGUGACUUGGGCAGCCGCAGUGUGAGGCCUGAGUCUUGGGGUGCAGCGGCCCCCGUCCCUGCCAGCAGGACAGGUUGGCAUUUCUGAGUGGGGCUGGACUGUCCAGGAGUCAGAGGUGGGAAAGCUUCUGAGUAGGAAUUUGGGGCUGUGGAGUUCGCCUCUAAAGAAAAGCAGAGGGCAUCACUCCCAUGCAGUUGCCCCACUACUCGGCUUGUUCUCAUCAGCUGAAGCAUGUUGAGUGCUCGCCCCAUCCUCUUGGACACUGCAACGCAUAGAAGCUCUGUUGUGCAGCACUGGUCCAGGCCACGCCAGCCAGGGGCCCCAUCUCCCCACCCCUCACACCGAUUCCCACUUCCUGUGGAAGGGGGGCAGAGAGCUUUGACCCCUGGGUGGAUGACCUGGGAGCCCCUGCGUGUGUGUGACUGCGAUGGGGUCAUGUGGGCACCUGGUUACCUGAGUCUGUCUGGAGGAUGAGAACGAGGUGUGGAGGACGGAGCCGGGGGAGGGGGCAACCCUCACCCCUCCCAGAAACCUUCCCCAUUCACCCAGCCUCACGGGGACCUCUUGGCAGACUGGUGGGCACGGCUCUGCCAGGCCAUGUCCUCACCUUCAGGACCCUCCACCCAGGAGUAUCCUGGUCGGGGACUGCUGCCAGAUUCCCUGUACUGGCACUGCAAGAGCUGCCCUCCCAGCUGGGCAGAGGCUGAGAAGGACUCCGCAGCCCCCAAAGUCCCUCAGCACAGCCAGGAAUGCUGAUUCACAGGGCGCAGGGCUGGGGGAGCUGCAGAGGAAGAGCUGCUCGCUGCCUUCACCCCAGGUCCUGGUGGCUGGGUGGGCCGUGAUCCCUCCAGGGCCUCCCACACCCCAGUGCCCCCUCUUACGGGAGCGGUCUUGACAUGCUUUACGCACCAGGGCUGGUCCUUAGUGGCAGGCAGCUCGCUCUUGGCCCUGCAGGUGCGGAGUACAGGGUGGGACCGCUUCCGCUGGGUCCUAGCUCUGGUGAGCUCUGCGCCCUGUGCUCCACUGUUACUGGGGAGAGAAGGCGUGGGAGAGGGAGACCCGACUGCUCCUGUAGGACGCCCGGGCCCUAGCCGAGAGCUCUGUGCUUCCCUGGUGGCGUCCUUGCGGGAAAGCGUUCAGACUCAGAGUGGUUCUUCUAUUGGGAGAGAUGGGCCCCGAGGAGCACGGGAGCGUUCAGGGCCGCGUUCAGGGAUGGCGGAACGCAAGGAAAUAGGUGGGCCCCUGCCUCUGAUGUCGGGUGCUGUGCCGGCUGUCCUGGGGGCCUCGUCCUCCAGCAGCCCUGUGGGUGCUCUUGGCCCCAUCCUGGCACUGGCUUUACCAGGCGGCCCUCAGCUGUCUGUGGUCGCCUCCCCAGGUGACAGCGCUCCUGUGCGGUGUCUCUGGGGAGCCCUCCUCCCGCCAGAGCCUUGCCACACGCCCCCUCCGGGAACCUCACCUGCUAAGAAGCCCCUCUGGUGGGUGUCUGCGGAGAGCCUGCGCGGAACCUCCGUGCACGCCUGUCUCCUACCUGCUAGCCUCUCUGUUUACCCCGCAGGACACCUCGUGCACCCUGUCCGGGGGGUGACUUGAUGCUGGCGCGCUGGCCGCGGUGUGGGGUAGAUAGGGGAGGCCAGGGGCCUAGGUGGCAGGGCUGACUGGGUCCUCAGCUCCUGGUUGCCACCUCUUGUGGAUUCAGGGCUGGGCACCCCGUCUGUCCUCUUGUGCACCCUUCGGUGCCGGCCUGCGGGGACAGCGUACCCUGCCCACGUGGCCUCUCGCCCCCAUAGUGGCCCUGCUGAGGGAGAGGCCCUGUCCGGCGUGGGCACUGGGGCUGGGUGGCCGCCAAGACCUUCAGCCAGGUCCUUGUCGUCUUACACCUGGUCCAGCGGUCCGGACCCAGUGGCAGUGCAGGGGUGGGGGGAGCCCACCACAGCACGGAUCCACGUGGAGAGUGGGGCGCUCGAGGUGCUGGCUCACCUCCCCAGGUUGGCUCAGCUCAGUGAGGAGCUCAGAUGGGGCCUCCCGGGGCUGCCUGGCUCCGGCUAACAGGAACCCCAGGAUCUGCCCAUUUCGAGUGACGAAGGAGCAGCGCCGCCCUGAGCGCGGACUCGGCUGCCCCCUGGGAUUUGGGUGGUGGGUCUUUGCUCCAGUGCUCGCCUUUGUUCCCCACCAAACUUGCCUCCACGCCGCCUCACCGAGCAGCUUCUGAGAAGGCCCCCCAGCCUGCUCGGGCCACCCUGUCUGACUGCCUCUAACUUUGCUGCUUUCUCUUCAUGCUGUCCUAGGAGAUCAAAGCGAAAGUAAGUACUUGCCCGUCCCAGGCUCCUGUGUCCCCUUCACCCGAGCCAGGGGACCCCCAGCCCAGCCCUCACCAUGCCCGGCGAGUCCUGACACCUCCGGGGCCAGGCUGCCGGCCUCGGUUUCCUUGUCUGGACCUGUUGGGUGUGUCCUCAGUGCCUUCCUGGGCUGAGCCAGUUCCUGCCCGGGCAAUAGGGUGGGCACCCCAUGAGCAGGUCAGGACUGGCGUGCACCUUCCACACCUGUGGGCAGGGCAGGGUGCCGCCGCCCUGGCCAGCCCCUGGUCUCAGGCCCUGUCCCUUGCUCACGGGCAUCUUGAGAAGGGGCCUCCCCUCCCCCGAACUGUGGCCCUUAGAGCUCUGAGCAGAGCCUGGUCUGAUGUCAGGAGCCGAGGACAGCGUUUAGGCCGCCAGGUUCACGCAGGGCUUCCGCACUGGGGGGUCAGCCUGGUGGGCAGGGCUGAAGGGGCCAGACCAGCCCUGACCCGCGCUGCGCUGCUUUCGUGAGGGUCCGCCGGAGAGGUCAGAGGGCAGACAAGCCCAGCCUGGUAGGCCUGCAGCCCUCGGGGACAGUGGGUGAUGUCACAAUGCCCCACCUCCUGGGCAUGGGCUCCCGCCCCCCAGCACUGCCUCUGCAGUCAGCCUGGCCUCGAUGAGGAGCAGGAAGGCCUCCUGUGCCCUGGAGACGGUCUGGGAAGACAAGCAGAAGUAUGGGGAAGCCGAGCGGCGCUUCUACGAGCACGAGGCCAUGAGAGCCGCCGCCCAGCAGCCCCCGGCCGAGGCACUGGCAGUGAACGGGCCGGGCCGGGAGGAGGAGGCCGAGGAGGCGGACGCCCCCAACGGCAGCGGCAGCGGCAGCGGCAGCAGCGAGCCCGGGAAGAGCCACAACGGGAAGAAGCCGUUGCAGAAGCCGAGGAAGCGCUCCCCGAAGGGCUGGCUCAGCCAGGCGGACCUGGCCCUCGUGGGCCUCUCAGCCGACCACGUCUGGCUGGACAAGCCGCUUUUCGACCAGGCGGAGAGCUCAUACCACCAGAGGCUGGCAGAUGCGGCCGCCCAGGCGGCCCAGCCCCCCGCCCUGGCCCCUGGGGCCCUCUGCGCCCACGGAAGCCAGGUGGCCUGCCACCACGUGACCUGGGGCGUCUGGGUUAACAAGUCUUCCUUUGACCAGGCUGAGCGGGCGUUCGUGGAGUGGUCUCAGGCCUUGCUGCUGGCCGCGGAGGGGAGUGGCGGGCAGGGGGCUCCCGACACGGGCCAGUGGGCGGCCGCCCCCGACCUGCGCCUCAUCCGCCAGCCCAGCCCGCCAGCCAACGGCCAGCCCCCGCUGGGCAGCCUGCAGGCGCUGGUGCGGGAGGUGUGGCUGGAGAAGCCCCGCUACGACGCGGCCGAGAGGGGCUUCUACGAGGCCCUGUUUGACGGCCACCCCCCCGGGAAGGUGCGCCUGCAGGAGCGAGCCGGUCAGGCUGAGGGCGCCCGGCACGGCCGCAGAGACCGGCGGGGCCGCAGCGCCAUGGGAAGCCGGCGGCUCGGGCCGCGGCGGGUGGACGGGGAGGCCCCCUCUGCCCUGCCCUACCGGUACUUCCUGCACAAGGACGCUGAGGCCCCCUGGCUCAGCAAGCCGGCCUACGACAGCGCAGAGUGCCGCCACCACGCCGCCGAGGCCCUGCGCAUGGCCUGGCGCCUCGAAGCUCCGUCCCUGGUUCACCGACCCAGCGCCCGGUCUGGCCCUUCCAUGUCCAGCCUGAGACCCAAGUAGGGAAAACGUGCCGGGCGGGUGCCUGGGCUUCCCCGGGCCGGGCUGGGUGGCCGGCGUGCUCCCCUCCCUGCCCCCACCCAGGCGGGGCUCCAACCAAGACUCCUGGACCGGCUGAGUUGGAUGCUGGAGUGGGUCGGGCAGGGAUAGCUAUCUGCCCCUGGGGCAUUGCAGCCUUUGGGGUCACCCCCACCAAGUUGGGGGAGGGAAGGGAUCCACGUGGGCCUGAAUCUGUCUCGCACAGGGUUUCCCCUUUGGCCAGGCAACUUCCAGAGUCUCCCCCUGACUGUCAUGGGACAGGGGAGCGAUGAAGGCUCCCGGCCCCCAAGCCCCACUGGGCCGCUUGCCUACCCGUCCCGCUGUCUCCCCCGUCUCCUUGUCCAGAACCACCUGAGGUGAGGUGGGUGUCUCAGGUGCUCUAGCACGUGGCCGGUCCAGCGGCCUGAGUCUGGAAGACACCCACUGGAUGAGGCCAACUUGCCUUCAGCCUGUGGACCCAGGGGUCUGGCCCCCAGAGUGGUUUUAUGCAGUGCCAGCUGGUCUCUGGAGGCCAGAGCCUGGCCAUGGAAGGGAUCCCUUAGCCCACUGGGCUGAGGCAGGCAGGCAGAGACGGACUCAGGGCAGACUGGGGGCCCCCCAGUGGGGAGAGACCCUGGGCCGCAGGUGGGGCCAGAGGGGACGUGGAGGGACCUCCCUGGACCCCAGACUCCCGGCUGGAGCCCCUCGGCUCCUCGGUGGGGUUGGAUGUGCUGGUUUGACGGGAUCCUGGCCUCGGUGCGAGGGGCAGGGUGUGGGGCCCACUGCCGGGGGGGCGUUCCCCAUCAGGCAGUACGUGUGCGUGGGGUGGCAUGGAACUGAAGCUGUUCAGUGAUGCCUCUUCGAGGUGGGGUGGAGGAGAGUCACGGGGCUCAACCUCCCUUGUCCCGGGGGGACACUUGGCGAGGUCCAGUGAUGGCCUGGGAUCCUCAGCAAAGAGAGUUGGUGAGGUUGGGCCCUUUUCUGUUGCGCUUGGUGAGGGACGGGGCGGUCCUGAGUCAGCAGACUUUGUCGCCUGUGAGAGUUCCGGGCUCUGGGCCCAGGUCCGUGGCAGCUCCCCCGCCUUGCCGAGCGGUGGGAAAGCAGCAGACUGAAGACGUGCCAAUACAGCGACUUGCAAAAACGGACAGUGGUGGGAUCUGGCUCACAGGCUGGAGUUUGCCAGGCCCUGGUCUAGAGCAGCAGUUCUCAAACUUGCUGGUCUUGUGAUGUUAAAGAGCUUUUGUUUUGUCUAUUAGUUUUUCCUAUAUUAGUAAUUAAAUGCAGAAGCACUUAUUUGUUGAAAAAUAAUAACAAGCUUGUUACACGUUAAUGAUAUUUAUGCAAGAAAUAACUUUCCUGUAACAAAAAAGUUCAGUGAACUAAGUGGCCUUGUUUUACAUUUUUGCAAAUCUUGUGUCUGGCUUAAUAGGAGGCAGCUGGAUUCUUAAACCUGCUUGUGCAUUGUCUGUUGGUGUAUAUUGUGUGAUAAAUCCAGCCUUGAACAGUUGUGCGAUUGGAAAAGGGAGGACCUUGGGGACUCCCAGAGGUUCCUGGCCGUGCUUUGAGAGCCGCUGGUCUUGGGGACUGGCCUGAGGACCACCCGCCUUAGCACUGAAGGAAGCCCGCGUGGGGUGGGGGAGGGGUUCGCAGGCUCGUUGUGGUCCGUGCUGAGAACCUCUGGUGCUCUGCCCUGGGGCCUGGAGCCCUUGUCACCCAAGGACCAGGACGGCCUGCCCUGCACCCUCGGGGGUCCAGGCUGUCGGAAGGGGCACUUGUGCAAGCCAGCCCUGGGGUCUGCGAGGAGGUGCCCCCUCCUCCCGGCCAGGUUGUCUUAGUCUCUCCUCCCCUC